AUGUUGUGCAAGAAAUGUAAUAGUGAAGGAACAUUAGUUAUAAGAAAAGUCUUUUUCUUUUGUGAUGCAUGUUUCAUAGCAAAUAUAAUUCAUAAAUUCAGGGCAUGUAUAGGUAAAAACACAAAAUUUUCCAACGAUAACAAAUCUUUGAUUUGUUUAUCGGGUGAUAUUUCUUCUUCUGUUUUGCUUGAUUUAGUUAUGAAUGGGAUAACUUUAAAUACUCAUAAAAAAUUACGAAUUUCUCCAGUAUUUUUACAUGUGAAUGGGAUAGUUUCAACCGAUGACAGUGUCUGUAACUUAAUCAUGAAUCAAUGCAAGAAAUAUAAUGUUGAUUUAAUAUCUAUGAACAUUUCCAGUAUGAUUACUGAGUACAAAAAUGAUAAUGAAGCAGACACCACUGUGAAAAGUAAUAACUUCAGAAUGCCAACUAUAAAUAAUUUUGUAAACAAGAUUUCACCCUCAGCAGAAAAAGACUUUUUAUCUAGAAUUAGGCAAAAAGUAUUUUAUAAGAUGGCAAAAGAUUUGGAAUGUAAUUCAAUAUUUACCUCUGAAACAAAUACAAAGUUGUCAGCAAAAUUAUUAUCAAAUAUUGUGAUGGGCAGAGGCUCUCAAAUAGAAAAUGAUAUUGGUUUUGCUGAUUGCCGCGUUAAGGAUGUUAAGCUAUUAAGACCAAUGAGAGACAUAACAGAUGAAGAAUUAAAUCAUUAUGCAAGAAUAAGGCAUUUAUCAUCUGUGGACAAAUCAGUUUCAGAAAUUAAUUUACAGUCACUCAUAUCAAACUUUAUAUCAGACUUGGAAUUAAAUUCUCCAGCUACAAUAUCAACAAUAUGUAAAACAGCAGAUAAAAUUAGUUCUGCAGAUGAUAAUACUGGCAAACCUUGUCAAAUAUGCCAGAAUAAUUUAAAAACAAAACUUGACAAGUUGACAGCUACUGAUGCUACAGCAUUUUCAAAAGUUGUUUCUUCUGGAGACUACAAUGCAAGUCUUUUAACUCAUGACUUUGAAUCUGUAACUAAAAUGGAGGUAUUUCCUCAUAUAUUUGAAGAACUCUGUUACAGUUGCAGCAAAAAUUAUUAUGAAUUUAAAACAAAUAUAGCAAAGCAUUGA